AUGACGCCACUCCUUCGAAUCGCCGGCGCAUGGGCUCAGGACAACGCCGCGGUGUCUGUUGUCAGAGUCUCCAGCCAUGAAGCCCUGCGCACGUUUUCUUCCCUUCAGACGGCGUCACGGACCGCUCGCGACCGCUCCUGGCGACUUCCGUUGCUGCCCGUCGCCGCAGGACAUGCGGCGCCGCCUCUCCCAUUUACCUUCUCCAAGCCGACUUCCUCGAACGGAGGCAUACCGUGUGCUGCGUCUUCCACGCAGGGCUGCGCCGCGGGAUGCCUCACGGCUUCUCCGUUAAAUGGCUUCGGCGCAGUGUCGGGGGGCUCUCGACGCUACCCGGGGCUGACAGCCAGGCCAAGCGCUUUCUCAAGAACUUCCCUGCCGCUGCUCUGCGUGCAGGCGCACAGACACUUUGCUUCGGAGUCGUCUUGCAGCGACGGCCGGCCCGCGGACUUCGGGGCUGCGGCAACGCCAGAGAGAGGCGCGGCACCGACGGGAGCAGAGGCUGGGGUAGCGCAGAAGAAAGGAGGGAAAGAGUGCACGUGGGAGAGGCGUGUUCGACCGAUCAAGAAGUUGCUCGUGGCGAAUCGAGGCGAGAUCGCCGUCCGCGUCCACCGCGCAUGCAAGGAACUCGGCAUCACCAGCGUCGGCAUCUACUCCCAAGAAGACUCCCUGUCGCUUCACCGGCAAGUUUUCGACGAAAGCUACCUUGUGGGCAAGGGCCUGUCGCCCGUCGCAGCGUACCUCCACUAUCCGGAUAUCAUUGACGUCGCGCUCAAAUGCAAUGUCGACGCCAUUCACCCUGGCUACGGCUUCCUCUCGGAGAACGCAGAGUUCGCAGCUGCGGUGGAGGACGCGGGCAUCAUGCUCGUGGGACCUCCUCCCGAAGUCAUUCGCCGUAUGGGAGACAAAGUGGAAGCGAGGACGGCGGCCGAGCUCGCGGGAGUGCAGGCCGUUCCAGGCACGAGCACGCCUGUGACCAGCCUCGAAGAAGCCGCGGAUUUCUGCAAACAAAUUGGCUUUCCCGUCAUGCUCAAGGCCGCCUACGGGGGUGGAGGCCGCGGCAUGCGACGAGUGUUUCGCGAGGAGGAUCUGAGGGAGGCAUUUGAGCGCGCGACGAGCGAGGCGAAGGCGGCAUUUGGGAACGGGGCGAUGUUCAUCGAGAAGCUCGUUCAGCACGGCGUGCACAUCGAAGUGCAAAUCAUGGGAGACCACUACGGGAACGUCAUCCACUUCCACGAGCGCGACUGCACUGUGCAGCGGCGGCACCAGAAAGUGAUUGAAAUCGCGCCCGCACCGUUCCUUCACCACGCGCUGCGCGAGCGCAUCCUCGCGGACGCCGUCAGACUCGCCGAGUCUGUCAACUACCAGAACGCAGGCACAGUGGAGUUCCUUGUCGAGGGCGACCAGCACUACUUCAUCGAGGUCAACGCGCGGCUCCAAGUGGAGCACACCGUCUCGGAGGAGAUCACCGGCGUCGACCUCGUCAAGACGCAACUCGCAGUCCGCCAGGGUUGCGCACUCGAGGAGCUCGGCGUCUCGCAAGAGAAAGUCGACGCGGCCGUCCAAACCGACCCGCUCACGGGGCAGCGUGGUCCAGUAGCCAUCCAGUGCAGAAUCACCACCGAAGACAGCCAGAGGAAUUUCCAGCCGUCCACAGGGCGCAUCGACGUGUACCAGCCCUCUACAGGCCCAGGCAUUCGCCUGGACGGCGCCAUCGGGACUUCGGGCGCGGUGGUCACGCCGUUUUACGACUCGUUGCUGGUGAAGCUCAUCGCAAAGGGCCAAGAUUUUCCAGAGGCCGUCGCGCGCGCCACGCGCGCUCUGCGAGAGACAAAGAUUCGCGGCGUCACAACGAAUAUUCCAUUCAUUCUCAACGUGCUUCGACACCCCAAGUUCCUCAACGGAACUGCGACGACGCGCUUCGUUGACGAAAACAACGAGCUGCUCUUCUAUGACCCCCUCGAUAUGUCGUCGCAAAACAUCUGCAAGUACCUCGCGACCGUCAUUGUCAACGGCCCGCAGACGCAGCUGGUGAACGCCGACGCGCUGCCAGACAAGAAGAGCGCCACGCCGCCCCCGCUGCCUUCUUUCGUUCUCGAAAACGGCUCUUCGGUGCCCUCGGGCGCAGGCAGCCUCGCAGGAGCUCCAGACGACUUCGACUUGCGCCUAGUGGGCGCUGCAUCGCAGGGUGCGCCUCGAGGCUACAAGGCGCUGUUGGAUGAGGUCGGGCCUCAGGACUUCGCCAAGGUGAUUCGCAUGGAGAAGCGUCUGCUGCUCUGCGACACGACGCUUCGAGACGCGCACCAGUCUCUACUCGCGACCCGCAUGCGAACCUUCGACAUGCUGAAGGUCGCGCCGGCGUACGGCCAUCUUCUCUCCACGCUCUUCUCCAUGGAAUGCUGGGGCGGAGCGACAUUCGACGUGGCGUACCGCUUUCUGCGCGAGUCUCCGUGGCGGCGGCUGGAGCUCCUUCGCGAGGCCGUUCCAAAUAUCCCUUUCCAAAUGCUGCUGCGGGGCGCGAACGCGGUCGGCUACACAGCUUACCCCGAUAAUGCCGUGGAAAAAUUUUGCUGCGAGGCCGUUAAGUAUGGCAUGGACGUCUUCCGCGUCUUCGAUUCUCUCAACUACCUCGACAACUUGAAGCUCGGAAUCGACGCGGCGGGCGCAGCAGGCGGCGUCGUCGAGGCGGCCAUGUCGUACACCGGCGACGUGGCUGACCCAGCGCGAAAGCCAUACACGCUCGACUACUAUCUCGAUCUCGCCUCGCAGCUCGUGAAGACUAACUGCCACAUCCUCUGUGUCAAGGACAUGGCGGGUCUGCUGACACCGCCCUCGGCGCAGCUUCUGAUUGGCUCGCUGCGGCGCGAAUUUCCGGAUAUCCCCAUCCACGUCCACACGCACGACACCGGCGGCUGCGGCGUCGCGUCCCUGCUGGCGGCAGCGGACGCGGGAGCGGACAUCGUGGACGUCGCGAUAGAUUCUCUCUCCGGUCUGACGUCGCAGCCGUGCAUGGGCUCGCUUGUCUCUGCACUGCGGCAUACUGUCCUUGACACGGGGCUCGACCUUCACGUCCUUUCGCAGUUCUCUGGCUACUUUGAGCAGGUCCGACGAUUUUACGCACCGUUCGAGGCGACGGCGACCGUGAAGAACGUCAGCUCGGAGGUCUACGACCACGAAAUCCCUGGCGGUCAGUACACAAACCUGCACAUGCAGGCUUUCUCGCUAGGCAUGUCAGACAAGUGGAGAGAGAUCAAACGCGCCUACGUUAUGGCUAGUCGGCUUCUCGGCAACCCCCCAAAGGUGACGCCGAGCUCGAAGGUCGUGGGCGAUAUGGCGCAGUUCAUGGUGCAGAACAACCUGGACGAAGAAGCCGUUUUGUCUCGCGCGGAGUCUCUCUCGUUUCCGUCGUCGGUCGUGGAGUACUUCCAGGGGCACAUCGGUCAGCCGCCGUUCGGCUUUCCGGAGCCGCUGCGCACCAAAGUCCUCAAGGGCGCGCCGAAGAUCGAAGGCCGACCCGGCGAAAGCCUCACCCCCGUCGACUGGAAUAUGGUUCGGGCGCAGCUGGAGAGCUCGCACGGGCGGAAGUUCCGCGAGUGCGACCUCGUGAGCAGCGUGCUGUAUCCGGCGGUAUUCGACGACUACCAGCAGUUUGUCAAGAACUUUGGAGACGUUUCGAUGCUUCCCACAGCGCACUACUUCACCGGCAUCCAGCCUGGAGAAACGGUCACUGUGCACAUGGCUGGACGCGAAGUCACCAUCAAAUACAUCGCCAAAACGCACGUGCUGCCAGAUGGAAGUCGCGACGUUUUCUUCGAAGUCCUGGGUAUGCCUCGCACUGUGAAUGUCGUCGAUCUCAAUGCCAGCAAGGACGUUGUUCGAAAUGCUAAGGCCGAUCUAUCGGAUCCGAAGCAAAUCGCUUCGCCAAUGCCUGGGAAUCUGCUUCAGUACAAGGUGAAGGAAGGCCAAGCGAUUCACAAGGGCGACCCGGUCGCCGUCAUCACGGCAAUGAAAAUGGAAACUGUCGUGGUGUCUCCAGUGGCAGGCACCGUCGGCGACUUCCUUGUGCGCGAAGGUGACCCUGUGCAGCAGGGUGACCUGCUAGCUAGAAUUCAGCAAAGCGCCACGCCCCAGUGGCGUGAGUCGGCAUCGUCCUAG